GGCAGGCUCGUGUAGGGGGAAGUACCUCAACAGCAUUCACAAGGUGCAGUGAUUGAUGUCCACUGUGUACCUCAGCAGUGGGAGCUACACCAGGUUUUCAUCCUCAGAGACCAAAAGCAGCAGACAGCUGCAUCAGGAAAUACUCUGAUUCAGGGUGGGCUGUGAAAGACCGCACACAUGAAGACUUUCUAAAUGGACAGGAAUCAUAAAAUCUGAAGCUCCUGACGACCGCAGCAUCAUCCUUGGGACUACAAGGCAGCUGUUGACCUCUUUUUCAAGCCGCUGUUUUCUGGCCUGUACUUCCUGACUUUGAAGGAUGGGUGAUGGGCCUGUGACUGCUCCUGCCUGCCUGCCUCAUCCCACCCUUCAAUGGAGCCGACGUGGAACUCCACCCACCCACCUCCACAGUUCAUGUCCAACAUGUCUGCCUCCUAUCUGCCUGAGGGCUGGGCUCUGUCCCAGUCGCUAGCCCUGCUGGCCAUGCUGCUCAUGGAUCUGCUGGCUGUGGUGGGUAACGUGGCUGUCAUGGCGGUCAUUGCUAAGGCCCCGCAGCUGCACAAGUUUGCCUUCGUCUUCCACCUGUGCGUGGUGGACCUGCUGGCGGCCCUGGUGCUGAUGCCCCUUGGCAUGCUCUCAAGCCGAGCCUUCUUCGGGGAGGCCCUGUGCCGGAGCUACCUCUUUCUCAGUGUGUGCCUGGUUAGUGCUGCCAUCCUCUCAAUCUCCGUCAUCAACGUAGAGCGUUAUUACUACAUCAUUCACCCGAUGCGCUACGAAGUAAAGAUGACUGUUGGCCUGGUAGCGUCAGUGCUGGUGGGGAUAUGGGUCAAAGCCCUGGCCUGGCCGCUGCUUGCUUGGUUCCUGCAAGGUGGAAGAACUCCUCUUCUGGAGAGUAGUGGGGUGGGGGGAGGAGGAGGUGGGGCAGUCCCAUCUCCACCUGCUCAGGGUCACAGGCGCUGCUCGCUACACUGGACAGGAGGAGGGUCCAACCGCUUGGCCUUCAUGGCCCUGUUUACUCUAGUGUAUUUCCUGUGUCCACUACUGGUUAUUCUUGUUGUGUACUGCAAUAUGUUCAAAGUGGCUCGGGUAGCAGCCAUGCACCACGGGCCUCUGCCUACCUGGAUGGACACGCCUCGUCGCCAGCGGUCAGAAUCACUCAGCAGCCGCUCUACCAUGGUUACCAGCUCUGGGACUGGGUCUGGGACAGGCAGAGCCACUCCGCAGCGUCCCUUUGGAGGAGGAAAGGCUGCAGCAGUGUUGGCAGCGGUAGGUGGGCAAUUCCUUUGUUGCUGGCUGCCCUACUUUACUUUCCACCUGUAUUCAGCACUUGCUGCCAGCCCUCCGGCCGCGCUCGCCUCUCUGGAGGAGGUGGUCACCUGGAUUGGCUACUUCUGCUUCACCUCCAACCCUUUCUUCUAUGGCUGUCUCAAUAGACAGAUCAGGGAGGAGCUGGGAAAGCAUCUGCCGUGUCUGUUUCGUCGUGCCGGGGUUGAGAUGGAGGAGAGACUGCCCAGCCGUGAAGGAUCCAUAGAGGAGAAUUUCCUUCAGUUUCUUCAGGGCACCGGCUGCAACUUGGAUCCUCAAAACUCUCAUAGCACCUCCAGCCCUAAAGGGGAGGCCUGCUGCCCCGUGGCUCAGUCACAACCACUGGAACCAGCACAGCCCAUACCUAUAGAUUUCCGUAUCCCUGGACAAAUCGCAGAGGAGACUUCAGAGUUUAUUGAAACUGAGCAGGCGAAAAACAACCAUAUAUAUACAGACAAUUAAGUUUAUAAUGUCUGAAAAUAAGACUAAUUUUGAAAUUUUUCAGGCGUUAUAUCAGUGAAAACAUGUUUCUCUAUUUCUUCUGAAAGCUGUCUUACAGUUUGUUUAAAUGACUUUAAAUUGUAUCUUUGAAUCAUUGCACUUUGCCUCAUCAGAUUUCAUCCUUAAACAGUCAUGAUGAUACGAUUAAUAUGCAGUUAUGUGAGAUGCAUUUCAAACUGUUGUUUGUGAACAGGGAAGUUACUGCUAGCUUUUAAAAAUGGCAAAAAUGGCCUUCAACACAACCGCUCAGCUCUGUACAGUAAAUUACUUUUAUGACUAUUGGUGUAACUUGUUGAAGCCAUUUUUAAAGAUUAAAAAAACAACAACAUAAAAUUAUAUGUUGGAUUCUAUGAAGGUAACUGAAUAGUCUUCAAAGUAAAACGUUUCAGAAUAACUCUUUUGAUCUUAAAUGAGGGAAUACGUCCUGAAACAACUGCUUGCUCUCUUUACUAUUAAGAGGUGAAGAUCUGCUAUUGGACGAAUUGCCUUUGGAGUGAAGAAAUAAUGUAUCCACACACCACCUGAUACUGCACUUGUAACUGCCAAAUCAAUCAUUUUUGAGACUCUGGAAAGCUGAUUAUUUUUGAAUAAAUAAUGUCGAAGAAGACAGCAAUAAAAACAAAACAAAAUGAUGACUGUUACGGGAUCCAUUAAAGACAAAACACUACUGUCAUUUCUGAUUGGUAGCUGUGCUUUCAUCAGUGAUAAUGCCGCUCGACUAUAAUCGAUAAGGAGGCGUACAUAUUGUGGCCUAACUCUUGUGGAAUUGCUUCAAAUUGUUUACAGAUAACCACCUUUAUUUUUGUUUUCCUUUUUUUGGUGCUCCAAACUCAUCUUUUUUUUUCCGUAAAAAGAAGUUGCGACUCACUUUAGGAUCGACGUUGAUUUUAUCUUAAAGGACCCCCCAGCUUUCUGCCAUGUGAUGUAUUUAUCAGUGUCUUUGGAUAUAGAUCUUUAAAAUCAGUAUUCUCUCGAUGCACUGCAUUAUGUUCAGAUAUGAUUCUAUUUCUUACAUUUGUUAAAUGUGCUGAAUUGUAUGUUAUGUUUAGUAAAGCUGUAUAAGUUUGAGUUGUGUGUUCCACUCAGCAUGCCCCAUUUUUUUUUAUUGGUGGAUGUGUUCGUUAAGGAUUUCAUUACAAGGAGGCUGAUGUAUUCAGACAUGUAUGCAGUAACUGCCUUUUCUUGUUUGAGAGUUUUAUCCCAGAAGGAGAAUACAUUCAGUUUGACCACCCUGCUAGUCAGGUUUUUAACAGUACCUCACAUACAGGAGAAACAAAUACAUUAUCUUACAGUCCUGCUCAGUUCCAUGUCAAGUGUGACUCCUGCACACUUUACUCUAAUGUUGCAAGGAGUUAACUAGAAAUGAGGGUGCAGACUUUGCUAAGUUUUUCAUGAUGAGAUGAAGUGGUAUUUUAUAGCAAACUGUUAGGGAUAAAUAUGAUCAACUAGAUGUGGAAUUGUCUGACUGAUACGACUUUCUUACGUAACGUGGAUACAGGGUUUUUAAGAUAUUUUUUGAGUAACGAUGCCAAUCCAAAAUCAAAUGCCUGUUGAGCUUGAUAUCCUCUUUUCAUCACGUCUAAAUAUCCCAAACUGUGAAUGAUGUUGAACGUUUGUGUUAGGAUUUUCAUAUGUUCAGAGAUUGUUUUUUAUGCUGUGAUAAAAAUAAAAGAACGACUUCCACUGUAUUACAAUGAUAUGAAUGUGUUUUAGAAAAAUACGCGGCAAAAACUUGAGUGAGAGAUACUGUUGUAAUAAAGAGUUUCUAUGUUU